CUGACAUCUAACUAAAGUAGGAGAAGCCGUGUGACCCUUUGCGAGUGAAAUGGCUCACUUUGUAAUGAUACACUUACUGGGGCUCUACCUUCUUUGUAUUCACUUUACAAAACAAGACAGCUGUAGUGCCCCAGGUAAUCUUACUGCACCUCAGAUGUUUCUGAACACUUCAUCCAGUGAUGAAGGAGAUGUAGUGUUGGUGAAAUGUAAGUUACUUCCAAUAUCAAAGUUUUCCCGGGUAAUUUUGUGUAAAGAUGGAAAAGAAAUGAAAAUUGAGAAACAAAUUGACAGUAUAUUUGCAUAUAACUUCUAUUACAAAAUAUCAGAACAUGGUGCAGGACAGAUUUCCUGCAUGUUCCAGUUCAAGGAUACCAACAACCAAGUGAGGAAUUCUGGUCUGAGUAACAUCAAAGUUCUAGGUGAUAGACGUCCAUCACAUGUUCUAAACUUAAAAAGUCUUGGAAUUUCAAUAUUUGCCAUUUUGAUGUUGGCUGCAGUAUUCUACUUGUUGAAGGAAAGAGGUGUAAUAAAAUGGAGCUCAACCAAAGACCAACAUGAAUCCAAUAUUGCCAUAGAAAUGGAAAACCAAUCAAAGGACCAACCAACUGAUACUUUAAAUGAGAGUGAUUUUCAUGGCAAUGCUUCACAUACAUAUGCAGAAAUAGCUUCCAAUCAGUUCGGCAGCUCUUAUUGUCAUGCAAAGAAAACUCAAGAGACCCCAGACAUGCUCUACACUUCAGUAACAAAAGUUAAAAAAACAUGAUAUUCCAAGAUUGUGUGAGGAAGAACAAUGAUUUUCAGCUACCAGGGUUCAAUUUUCAAAACAAUCUUGUGACUAUGAGGACAAUAGCAAACCCUUCCAAGUAUUGUCAAGAAAACCGGAAGAAUAUAUUCAUUAGUAACCAGGAUUUGAAUUUGAGUUUUAAUUUAAUCUAUUACAACUCUGUGAAAGCUGGAUUUACUAUUAAAUGAUAAAUGAGCAGAGCACAAGAAAUGCAAAAAUCUAUCUACUAUUUACUAUUGAACUCACCCCAUUCCUAAGA